AUGGCAUACUCAAAUUACGGGAAGAAUUUCUUUGAAGGGCCAUUGGAUGAAGAAAAUGUGAUUCUUACAUUGUAUCCAGUUAAUGAGGAAAUUAUUGAAGACCAUCAAGUGGAUCCAGGUGUUUCUUCAACCUCGAAAGCCAAAGAGGCACUGAAUACAAAUGAUCAAGUUCCUAUUCCUCAAAUAGAUGAGCUUGCGGAAGACUGUCCAAGCUCCAGCUUUAGAAGAUCAGUUUGCCCCUUGCCGGCCACAUUGCCUCCAAUUAACGACGUGAGUCGGGACACUCUGCGGUACUGGUGCCAACAGCUUAAGCUGAGCACCGAUGGCCAGAAAAUAGAAGUUUAUCGGAGACUCCAGGAACAUGCUUAUCCUGAAAAAGAUCAGUAUAUUCCUAAGUCACCACGGGAGGCCCGAAUGCACUCGUGUUCGAGGAAACACAACAUGGUGACCAACAGAGGCGGUGUACAGAAAAGGAAGAUGAGGAAGGGUGAGGAACGGACCAGCGUGAUUGAGGUGGUAACUUCCGCUCAGGCGGCCAUGUUGGCAGCGUGGUCAAGAAUUGCUGCAAGGGCUGUUCAACCAAAGGCUGUGAGUUCACGUGCCCUUCGCACCUCUGAAUCCUUUCUGCCACAAGCCUCAGGUGUGCGGUGGUGUGUGGUCCACGGCAGGCCACUCUCGGCAGACACAGGAGGCUGGGUUCGCCUGCAGCUCCAAGCAGGCCAGGCCUGGGUGCCUGACAGCGCCAGGAGGAUGACCUUCCUGUUCAUGUUGCCUGCCUGCACCUUCGCACCCCCAGAGCUGGAGGACAACCUGCUAUGCCCUGAAUGUGCUAAGAGGAAUAAGAAGAUUAUGAAAAGAUUAAUCGCAAUGGGGAGGAGGAAGAAAGCUGGUUUGGAUACAUCAACAUCAUUGCUUUCAAAUGGGCCACAUCUUAAGACAGACUAA